UCUUUCUACCUUUUCUAUUUUUCUAAUGUUUAAUAUUUUGUUAAUUCUUCAAUUUUUCUCUCUCUCUCUGUCAUUGUGAUUUAUCAUCAUUCUAAUUUAAAUUGAUUCCAAUUGAAUCCGAAUGUAUUUAUGUUCAGUUGAUCAUCUAACCUUUAAGCUAAUCUUUUACUCAUCUUAACCUUUGGUGAGAAGAUUUUAUUUUUUUUUAUUGAAGUUGAUUCAACUCACAUUUCUAAAAGUAAUCCCACCAAUCAUGGACCCAGAAUUUACUGGUGAUUCCAACAGUCACCUACAACAACACCCACCAUUACCACAAUCUUCAACAGCUUCUGUAAUUCCACCGUUACCAGAAUCAAGAUCAUCAUCAAUGGUAACAAUUAGGCAGCAACACUCACAAUUACCAAGAGAUUACCUACUUAACCAAUUCACCCUGAAUGUGAAAAAAUAUUGGGCUGAAAAACUGGAAUCAAUGAUUGAAAAUUAUCUCAUUCUCUUUGAAUCAAACAAUGAUCCACAGAUUAUAUUCAUCAUCAGCUCUCUUUUAGCAUCAUGGUUUCAUGAGAUUCCACAGACAAAUGAUUUAAGACGUAAUCGGAUUAACUAUGUUUUCAAUCAACUUUUACUUCGGACCGAUGGUAAAACGGCUAAUAUUGAUAUCUUUAAUCGUUGGUUAAUCUACAAGCUAAUGGCGAAUAUGAAUAUCAAAUUAGAUGCAGUUAAAUGGUCAACAAUUAAUUUACAAAUCACCUUGAGGCAAGAGGAAAUCGGUCGUGAGCUGUUAAAUUUGAUUGAAUCUUUAAACUCCAUUGAUGGCGAUCAGUUGACAAUAUUGAUCAGAAAUAUUGUCAAGGUUAACCCUUGGUUUGGUGAAUUAACUGUCAACAAUUUAAAAUGUUACCCAUUUUUAAAAAUCCGUACAAAUAUUGACCCGGAAGGUCAUUUUAAUCGUAAAGAUGCCAAUAAUUUUGGACCAGUUAUUGUUCAAUGUUUAGAGGAAUCAAUUGACCGAUCUGAUUAUGGUUCUGUAUACAAGUUGAUCAAUAUAAUUCCCGAUGAUCAAUUAGAUUGUAAUGAAAUUUUCACCUGCAUGAAAAGGUUAAUCCAUUCAAUAUUAACCCAUGAUUACGAGAUACUGGAUUUAGAUCAAUUCUAUGCGGCAAUAAUUGGCCGUUCAACCAAUAAAAUGGCCAAAUUGGUAUCAAAAAUUGAUUGGAGAUUACGGAAACAAGGUGAUCUUUUCUCAACGAAAACCGAUACAAGGAUUAAUUCAUCAACGUACGAUGAAUCAACAUCAUCACCUCCAUUCAUCGCAAUUAACCAAGAAAUGAGUAAAUUAUCUUCAUCUUCAUUAAAAGAGGUUCCUCUUUCCAAACCAAUCGAAACUGAAGUAUCUCCAAUAUAUCAUAAUAAGAAAAUGUCCCGUUUAAGUAAUACAAGCGAUUCAACAAAUAGAAGUAUCAAUGAAUCACCUGAGGAAAAGAUGAUUAAUAUUAUUCUAGAUCAUGAAACUAAAGAAUGGAACGUCGAUAAUUGUUUCCUAUUGGCGACAAUUGAUCGGAAACAUUUUCUCCUGGAAACUUUAUCAGCACCAUUAUCCCAUUUCCAUGUUAUUCCCGAUGAACUUAAACUGUUAUUCCUUCUGGAAAUGUUAUACAAUUUACCGAAUACCCUUUUAAGCGAUGAAGGUCAACGAAAUGAAUCAACAAAAGUUAACAAAGCUUUCACUGAAUUACGAGAAUUGGUCAAUUCAUUUUGGUUUAACAGUCUAAUUGAAUCAAAGCCGAUUCUUUCCUUUGUUAAAGCAAAACUUGAAUGGAUAUUUAAAUGUAUCGAUUGGUGCCUUAAAAUUGAUUCUAAUCUUAAAUAUUAUCGUAAACUUUACACCAUUUUUAAGAUGCUCUCUCAAGGAGCAUCUCCAUUGGCGGUUUUCAAUAAAUUCAAGAUUCUCAAUGCUGCCUUGGAUUCUGGUGAUAACGAUGUUAAUCAAGAGGUUCUCAAUUUACUCUCUGAAAGUGGCCAUCAAUCGGAACUUAUGAUCUGGUAUGGUUAUCUUGCCGUUAAAUUGACCUGUUUAUGGGUUUUCAAUAAUAAUACAACGGAAGAGGAAACAAUUCCUGAUCCCAAUCAAAUAUCAAGUCUGAUUAACAAAAUAUUACCCUUGUCUUUCCGUGUUGAGGUUCUUGAGAAUUUAUUUUCUCUCCUAUUUCUUACCCAAAGAGAUAUCGUUGAAUCAUCUGAUUCAAAUGAAUAUUUUCAUGAUAUUCCAAAUGAAUCUGAUUUUACUCAGACAAAAUCAGAUAUCGGUUUAAAUACAACAACAACGUCUACUUUUAAUGAGAUUGCAUCACAUUUAACCGCAACUUCAGCUGAAUCAAGUUCAUUACAUGCAGAUUUAUCAUCUUCCUCAUCAUCAUCAUGUAAACCACCAUCAACUUUUGUCUUUCCCAACGAUUUAAUUCCAGAUUUUCUCAAUGUUCUCAAAGAUUGUGGGCUUAAAGCUCAAGCCUCUCUAUUUGCUUUUAAACGUCGCCUCGGGGAUACAAAGAAUGAGGUUUCAGAGAAAGGUUUAGAUGAUGUUUUCGUUGAAUCUUCGAUAAUUGGUUACGAUGAAUGUAAAACUCGACUUCGAUCCUUAAUGGAUUAUAUCAACGAUUCACAAUGGAGAUACUCUGUCAUCGAACCAGCAAUUGUCGAGCAACGUUUAUCAUCAUCUAUGCAAGGUAAAAACACAAAUAAUAACACCGUCGAUUAUAAUAAUACUAAUUCUGAGAAAAAUCCAGGAAAUCGAGAUGAGGGUAAAGAUGAUUAUGAUGCAUCUAUUUCCGUAAAUAAAGGUGACGACAAUGAAGAGAAACUUUUAUUGGAAAACAAUGAGCCUGUUGAAGGACUUCGAGAUCUAUUAUCUGGUAAUUCAAAUCGAGAGGAUAACAAGAAGGACGAAAUUUUCUCAUCUCUAAUUCCCUGUAUGUUGGCAUCUCCAGAUCAACUUCUUCGCUAUUGUUUAAUUGAGAAUCAAAUUGAUCGAGCUAAACAAGUAUACAAACUGUUCAAGGAAUCAUUGAUUAACACCGAAGAAGCUUAUGAAUUGUUGAUUAUCGAGAAAACCGCUGAACUUUCAUCUAGAUGUCGAAAAAUUGUCAAGACCUAUUUGAAACAUCCAUCGGCUUCCAAAUCUCCUGAAGCAACAUCACCACGGACAAUGAAAGUUACUCAGAUGCAGAAACUUUUGUCUGAAUUCAUGUCCAUCAUGGACUUUAAUACCAAUGGAAAAGUUGACACGAAUCGUUUGUUGAUAGACUAUUCGAUAUGUUCAUCGUCAUCACUGGAAUUGUCCGAGAUUAUUUUGGAGAAUUGUUUUCAGGCGAAAAAUUUGGACGCCAAAAGUGACCCUGAAGAAAUGGAUGAAUUUAUCAAUCGAACAACAUCUUUACUCCUUCUAUUCAAAGACUCGGAAUCUCUUCGAUCAACCAAUUUGGCGACGUUAUUUUCUCUUUAUCCCGAUGCUAAUCUGUUCAAUGCUCCAAAAGUUCUGAUGGCUGAAAAGGGUCGAAUAAGUUCAAUCAAGCGAUAUCUAAAUGAUCUUCGAUCUCUACUCAUCUCUGAUCCAAUUGAUCCAACAACUCUCUCUUCACCUGUAUUAGAUUCCAGGCCAUUGACUAUUCAAUAUCAGAAGUUAAUCUCAUGUUUUCCAAGUGGAAAAUUCAAUUACCUGAAAGCUUUAUUCUAUCAUGUUCGUAAAGUGUCGGAAGCUUUGAAUGAAGCUCGAAAACGAAGUGAAAAUCUCGCACGAGUUCCGGUCUCCGCUGAUAAAAGUCCAAUGAAUCCGUUAACAAAACAAGGAAAUUACUUUUCAGUUUUAUACAAAAGCCCUUCGGCUAUUUUAUGUUCACUUGUUAUCAAAUAUGGUAUUUCACCCAAGGUUGUUGACGAUUUGGCUCGAGAUAUGAAAGUUGACCUAUUGGGAACUUUAUGUUCAGUUACCUGUCCUCAAAUACCGACGACAACUAAAAACGAUGAUUCCUCUUGUGAUUUCACUUUGAUUGACAGUUUUCAUCCUGCUCUUUGUGAACUUAUUCAAUGUUAUCUAACUGGAUCACAUUCUAUGGAGAAUUCAGUUCUAAUUCAGAAUCAUUUUGAUGAUGAAAGAACAACUUUAGAAGAAGGUGAAACUUCAAUCAUCAAGAAUCAAGAAUUAAUUAACUAUUUUCGCCAUAAAAGUUGGAUUCUUGUCAGUUUAUUGAAACUUCUGGGAUUAAUCAGCAUGGAAAAUGGUAAUUUCCAGGAUAAAGAGAUCACUUCUCCGUCCAACUCAUCAUCAUCUUCCUCAGCUUAUUCAUCAUCUAUACUUUGCUCAUCUGAUCAAAUUUUAAAUUCUCAAUCACCUUUACAAAAAUGGAUUUCCAUGGUAAAGACAACCAUUGGUACCAAUUCUCGUGAAGAUCCAAUCUCUCUGACAGCUUUAGCCCUUCACCCUCGAAUACCCGUUCAUAAUUCACUGGUUAUGAGAGCAUUGGAAAAGUGUGCAAUUAAUCAUGAUUAUAUUCAAAUUCACCGAAUGCUCCAAUUACUUGACCUACGAAACGCUAACUCUUCAUUAGAAGCCCUUUGGACAGCAUUACUACUCAAAUUGACCAAAGAAACAAAUGAUGUUAAAUAUGCUCUACAAAUGAGCUGUACCCGAACCAUGAGAGAUCUUGUCGUUGAUCUGAUCUUUAAUUCAACCUCAUAUUCUGAUACCAAUAGUGCUGAACGUGCUCUCAAAUCAGCAAUUUCUCGUGCUGAAAUUCAAUCAGAAUCACAUCUUGUCUUGGACAGUCUUCGAUCAGCAUUGGAUACGGUUAACAUUUACGCUAAAAUUGCCACACUUUCAGGUCUUAAAUCAUGGAAAGACGCUUAUAACAAUCUAUCAGAGGUCGAUAUUUUAACCAUUUUAAAGUCCAAGAAGUGCUACUCAUUAACGGCAGCCUGGAAUGAUACCAUGAGAAAAAACAAACAAUCGGCUGCAUUUAGCAACAUUUUCCCGUCAUCAUCGUCCUUGUCAUCAGCAACUGCGACACCAAGCACAAUGUCAACACCAACACCAUCAAAUAUAACAUCGGUCGUCGAUGCUGAGCUUGAUUUUGAGGUUGAAAGUUUACGUUACGAGUUAUUGUUACUCGCUUUCUGUGAGAAAUCAUCUAAAUCGUCACAAGUUACCCCACCAUCGUCAUUACCCCCAUCACAUCCGAUUGAGAAUAGAGCACCAAUGCACAGACCAUCAUUUUCAUCAAUUAAAUCACCGAUCAAACGAUUUAAAUCAUCAAUCCAUUCACUUGGAACAAUAAUCUCAGCAAUUGACGGACUAGGAUUGGAUUCGGUUAAAUUGAUUGAGAAAAUUUUACCCGCUGUAGAUAAUUGGGAAUCUAAGGAAACACUAGUCAAACAUUUACUGGCCGAUACUUUAAUUAGACAUAAACCAGAUAAAGUUGAACAUUAUAACAAUUAUCUACUUGGAAUUAGUUUAAUCAAAACAAUUCGACCUGAGAUGAGAAUCCAUUAUGAACAGUUGACAACUAAACCUUUUCUAAUUGUUGAACAAAUGUUUAUGAAUCUUGAAUAUGAAGCAAUUGAGAAAGUUAUUAGAAGCCAAAAGUUGAUUAAAUGUGAUCAUUUGAUUGAGAUUUAUGCUCGUAAAGCAGUUGAGAUUGAAAUUGAAUCUGCUGAUUCUGUUACCGGAUCAGAAACAACGUUAAUCUCUUCAUCAAUAUUAACCGAAUCAAAUACAACUAAUCUCAAUGUGACAUCGUUUUCAUCCUCAUCAUCGCCCUUCAAGAUGCCCGUAAAUGUGCCGUCUAAAGAGCAAUGGAUUCCCGAUUACAAGGUUAACAUUUGUAUGCUUUGUAAGAUGGAAAAGUUUUCAAUGUUCAAUCGUAAACAUCAUUGUCGAAGAUGUGGUCGAGUUGUUUGUGGAAUAUGCUCUCAAAAGUUCUUACUCAUCCCCGAAAUCUCAACUCGACAACCAGUUCGUGUUUGCGAUGAUUGUAAUUCACAAACUCGAUUAGAAUCAACAUCCUCAACACCAUCGAAUCGUAAAACAUCAACAUCAUCUUCAACCUCUUCUAAUGGAGGUGAACCAACCGUUGAAUGGAUUUUAUCAUUAAAUGAACAUGAGAAUGAAACGAUUCGUGAUGAAUUUUACUACGAAUCAGCUCCAUCAAGUUCAUUGUGUUUAUCUCUUCUUAAACUACACUCAGACAAGAAACAAUGUGCCAAAGUGAUCAUAGAACAACUCAGUCGACCUUUAUUCGAGAUAUUAUCUUAUAAUCGAGUUGAUUAUGGUCUAAUCAUUGAUUUGAUUAAAUCUCUUCUUCUUUCGGCAAAAGUAUUGAUUAACGAUGAAGAAUCAAAGUUAAUCAUUGACAUUGAUUUUCUAUUAAGUCGAGUUGAUAUUGUUAAAAUGUUGGUCGAAGGUAAUUGUCCCCAUCGAGAUCUAAUUGGUUAUGUGAUAUCUAAAGACGAUGCCUCAUAUCGUUUACAAGAAAAACUAAUCGAAAUGGAGCGUUUUGACCUUGCUUAUCACGUUGCGACGAAAUACGGACGGGUACUGAAAGAAAUAUGGAAAACAUGGGCCAUGGUUUGCCUUCGACACUGUCAAUUUACCGAAGCACGGAAAAAGUUUAAAUCAUGUUUCGGAUUUAAAUCGACCAAUAAUACAAGUGACAUAAAUAGUAAACUUUUACAGGAGAUAUUUGAUGUAUUUGAUACAAUUAAAGAGAAAGUCAAUCAAUUGUCACUUCGAGAAAGAUGUAAAGCAAUUAAAAGUGGACAAAUUGUUUCGAUUGGUCGACAAACUCGAAUACCCAAUCCAGAUGAAGGUCAUUUACCACAAAUACUGAUUGAAGAAGGACUUUACUACCUCGAAAAUUAUGGUUCUAAAGAGGAUGAGCUACGUUUCUAUGUACGAUUUGGUUUACUACGAAACGCUGUUCUAUUAAUACUUUCAGAAACGAAUCAGAGUGUUUUCAGUAAUCUUUUUGUGACCAAAUUAUUAUUACCCUGUACCCAAACGGGUUCGUUUAAAAAACUAUUGGCAACAUUUAACUCGAUCGAUCCAACGUUAACCCGAUCAUGGAAAUACUGGAUUUACGCUUGUAAAUAUUUAUCAACAAACAAUUUCUAUCAUAUACUUCAUGGAGUUCAGGUUUUCAUGGGAGAUUAUAUUAGAGCUGCAAUGACCCAGAUUAAUUUCUUUGUUUUUCCAAAGGUAACUGAUUACUCUCAAUUAAUUGGUAGAUUGGAACAUUUAACUUUGGCCAAGCAACAUUGUCAAGAUUUUCUGGUCAACAAAGGUCAAGUGAAUAAGGGUUGCCUUUCAUUUUCUAGUCAAGAGGUUACCUCACAAAUCAAAGUGAUUAACCUUCAAAUCGAGAUAACUAAUAAAUUGUUUGCAAAGAAAACCAAACUGCCGAUUGCUUUGGUUGAUAUUUCAGAGGAAAAAGAGACAACUUAUCUUAAAGAGAUACGAAAAUCUAAUCGAUCCUCACCAACAACAUCAUCGGCAACAAUUAGCAAUGGAUCAAACAAUCAAUUAACUGUUCCCACUUUACUUGAAGAUAAUAUUGUAGCGAAAACACAAUUAGCUGUUCUGGUUCUACUCGAAUUAGGAUCAACCAUAAGUGAAGGCUUAGAAAUCGCCCAGCAAAUAAUCAAGGGUCAUGGUUUGGAUGCUGGUCAUGUUUACCGAUUAGCGGGCAAAGUUCUGGCUCAAAGUAAUAAAGUAAAUUUGGUCCAAUUGAUUAACCAGUUAACUGAUUGUAUUCGUUUGUCUCAUGAACCCUCGGAAAGUGUUGCUCUUUGUGAUGAUCUACUGGUUACAGCGGUUCGACACAUCGCUGAACCUCAAUUGGCCGAUCAGCUGAUUAAAAUGAUGUCCAAUGAUCUGAUUAAAAUCAACGCUUACAUUUUAACAGAUAAAUUAAAAUCCGCUUACUUAUUAGCGGUUCGUCUUCAUCGAGUUGAUGAUGUCCGUCGUAUCCAUGAUGCCUCAAUACGAACCAAACAAGACAAUUUAACCAAAAUUUGCCAAUUGUGGUUGGAUAAAAAUUCAUAAUUUAAAAAAUCAAUUGUCAAUCAUUAAAUCAGAUCAAAUCAAAUCUAAUUAUCAUCGCUCAUCCAAUAAUGUUUACCAUCAUCUUUACCUAUGUCAAAAUAUUUAAAUACCCCAAUUAGAUUAUCGUUAAUCAUAUUUUUCCAACAUUGAUGAUUAAUUUAAUUGUUGAGAUUAUUAUUUUAUAUUUAUAAUACAUGAGAGAGAAUUAAUUUUUUCUUUAUCAAUCUGAAACCCUUGUCAUACAAUUGCCAUUAUCUGUUAAUUAUUAUUAAUAACAAUUAAUCACAUUCGAUAUUGUAAAUCAAAUUAAAUGAGGAAAAAAAAAUGCUAUUCUUUCAAUCAAGUGAAACUAA